AUGGCCGACGAUGGAAUGCUUAUGAACUUUAGCAUUGGUGACAGUGUCAUCAAGCCUGAAGCGAAGUUCAAAGGAGGAACAUGGCGAGACCGACUGACCGCAAAGAAGCGCUCAGCCCACCGAGUAACCGAGAAAGAACCCGGAGAUGGAGAAGCAGCUGCGCGCAAUGCGGCAUCCAAAAACCCGAACCAGAUUCAACUCGGUACACGACCCGUGAAAAGACAAAGGACUGAAGACACAGACUCGUUCAAUCGCCCUAGCGCCCCGCGCUCUGGUGGUGAUCGACGACCCCAGCAACAUCCACGAGACCCCCGCCAGUUCAUUUCCUCGCUUUUUAGUAGCAACCCCGAAGCGCGCAAUCCAGAAGAGCCCAAGGAGGAGAGAGAUGCAGAAGAUGCGAAACCGACUAAUGCGCCGCUGAUCGACGGGCUGGAUACCUUUACGAAUCUGGGCCUGUCUCCUAAUCUUGCGGCGCAUCUGCUGACGAAGCUCGAGCUUAAGGCGCCGACGGCUAUCCAGACAAGCUCAAUUACACAAUUGCUUAAGGAGGAAAGCGAUGCUUUCAUUCAGGCCGAAACUGGUUCCGGAAAGACUCUGGCUUAUCUUCUGCCGCUGGUGCAGCGGAUUAUAGAUCUCUCAAAAGCGAAGAACGAGCAUACCGAUACCCAAGUCCACCGAGACAGUGGAUUGUUCGCUAUCAUUUUGGCACCCACCCGUGAACUGUGCAAGCAGAUCUCCGUCGUGUUGGAGAACAUCUUGCGCUGCGCGAACUGGAUUGUGUGUGGAACGGUAAUUGGUGGAGAGAAGAAAAAGUCUGAGAAGGCACGAUUGAGAAAAGGAUUAAAUAUUCUUGUCGCAACCCCCGGUCGGUUGGUAGACCAUCUCGACAAUACGGAAGCGUUGGAGGUCAGCAAUGUGCGGUGGCUCGUGCUUGACGAGGGUGAUCGCUUGAUGGACAUGGGCUUCGAGGAGGAAUUGCAAGGCAUUGUCAAGAAACUCGAUGCUAGACAACGGCCGAGUCGUGUUCCCGGUGUGCCUACACGUAGGACGACAAUUCUGUGCUCUGCUACGCUGAAGAUGAAUGUCCAAAAGCUGGGAGAAAUCAGUUUGAAGGACGCUGUACACAUCAAGGCCGACCCGUCCGACGAGGACGAUGAGAAGUCAAAUAAGGAGGACGAGGAGUCAUUCCGCGUCCCCGCCCAGCUUAAGCAAUCGUACGCGAUUGUACCAGCUAAACUACGUCUAGUCUCAUUAACAGCCUACUUGAAGAGGACGUUCAUGCGGAAGGGAUCUGUGAUGAAGGCCAUUGUUUUCAUGUCUUGCGCUGACGUGGUCGAUUUCCAUUUCGAGCUAUUCUCGAGGAAUCAAGACCGCGAGCAACAAAGGAAGAUUGACGACGAAGAAAAGGAUGGAAAGGAUGGAAAGGAUGGAAAGGAUGGAAAGGAUGGAAAGGAUGGAAAGGAUGAGAAAGACGAAAAAGAUGAGAAGGACGAAGAAAAGGAAAAACUGUCAGCCCACGGCACUAUUGCUCCCGGUAGAGCCUUUUCGACCCCGACGAAUCCGGUCAUCUUGCAUCGACUGCACGGCUCCCUUCCCCAAAAUGUUCGAACUGCUACCCUCGGCUCUUUCUCUCGCAGUACUGAGGCUUGUGUCAUGAUCUGUACUGAUGUGGCUUCGCGUGGUCUGGAUUUGCCCAACGUGGACUUGGUUGUCGAAUACGACCCGGCCUUCAGUUCUGAUGACCAUACUCAUCGUAUUGGUCGUACUGCCCGUGUGGGCCGAGACGGCCGUGCCCUCGUCUUCCUCCAACCCGGCUGCGAGGAGAACUAUGUCGAAGUCCUAAAGCGCGGUUACCGCGAUGGAGGCAAGGCGCUUACCCGCACUGAUGCAAACGAGAUUCUCAAGCGUGGCUUUGGCGGCAACGACAAGAGGAAGAACUGGGAGGAAAAGACAACCGAUUGGCAGAUAGACGUGGAGCGUUGGGCACUUGAUAACCCAGACUAUUUGGAAAUGGCUCGACGGGCGUUCCAGUCUCAUGUCCGAGCCUACGCAACCCACACCUCAGCUGAACGGAGCAUGUUCAACAUUAAGGAACUCCACUUGGGUCAUCUUGCGAAGAGCUUCGCCCUGCGCGACCGACCAGGCAAAAUCAACGUCCCUGGUCUGCGACCUGGACAAGAAGACACUAAGAAGGACUUCAAGGCAGCGCGAAACGGUGCUGCAGGCAAUAAGAGAAAGGCCGAGGAUGCUCCAUCUUCCACAAAUGUUACGGAUGAGGCUGCUCGGAAGAUGAGAGCCAAGAUGAGGGAGCAUAUGUCUGGAGCCAACGAGUUCAACUUGGCAUGA